GAGCGCACCUGACACGUCUAACAUACCAGAGCAGUGGUGGUCACUGGUGGGAGGGGUGCCAGCGAGAGAGUGAAAGGUAGAGAAAGUCAGAGCGAUAGUGAAAUAGAGACCCACUCAGGAGGAGGGCAGCGCGCCGUGUCAUGGGGACAAGUUCAAGAUGCCUGAACGCACUUAAAGAAAGAGACGGAUUAUAACUGAUCGAAUGAGCAUUAGGUAUUCAGAUUUGUGCGCAGAGUUGUGGACAGUCACCCCAGAUCGCAGUUUGUAUAAUUUAAUCACACUAUGGAUACCUGGAAGCCUGCGGUGUAACAGGGAAAAACAACAACCUUAAACGGAAAAUGUGACAGCAGUUCUUGUAUGAGAUGACGAGAUGACGAUGGUGAAGAAAGGGUCGGGAAUGGCCGCGGUUAAAUUCACAAGCGUCGUGGUUUGUGUUGUCCUGCUUGGACAGGGGACCCCCGAGAGGACAGGAGGCGAUAAAGUGGACCACAGAGACGAUCUCCUGAAGGAGAUCAUCUCGAAAUGGAGCAAGGAAGCUGGUGUGAGACCCCCACCUGCAGCAAAUAAGGACCAGUCUUUACCCUCUUGGGUCAGAGGGAUCAUGGGGGGCUUUAAAACCCUUUUCCCACGCAACAACCUGCCGCCAUUAAACAAGCCAAUAGACAGACACCGUCUCUCCGGAUUCCUCUACAACAUUUCUCUCUACCUGCAAGAGAUGGGCGCAGAGCUGGAGGACAUGCCCGCAGAAGAAGACGAGGAGCAGCUCUGGGAGAAGGUGCUGCAUUUCUUCCUCCAGUCCGAAGGCAACGCCGCGCUGAACCAGUGGAACGGCCGUGUGCCCCCCAGACCCAGCUUUAAAGUGCAGGACUGGUUUCUGUCCCUGAGAGGAAGCCCGCACUGGGACUGGCUGCUGGGCCUCCUGCAGAGUCUCAUCACCCUGUCAGAGCGCCAGCCCUACAGGCCGAUCCUGACGUUCUUGUCUCAGAACUGGAGGACGGUGAGCGCUGUGCUGGAGGCUACGCUCCAGGCUCUGAUCAGUGGCACGUACGGCCAGGCCAGCGCAGGUCUGCAGGGCUUCAUCUGUGCUCUGAAGGGUCGUAGCGAUUGCACCUUUAGCGUUAGCUGGCUUCAGCAGCUGCUGCAAUUCCUGGAGACGCGCAGCUGGAAGCCUGUGGUCAGUUUGCACCCAGCAGGGGAACGAGCAGGACCCGGCAAGGGCCCGAGUGCGUUUGGACGAUUCAAGCCCUUCAGCCUGCCCCCCGAGGCCCUCAGGCAGGAGGGGUUUUCAGCAAACGCAUCUGCAGAAAACAUGUGGUCAUCCACAGAGGAUGAGCCCGACUCCAUGCAAAGCUUCCUGCUGCAGGCUUUGUCUCGCUCCAGCGGGGGAGAUCGAGGCGGCCAGCAGGCUCAGAAAAACCUCGCUCUCGUGCAGAGUUUGGACGGGUUGAGGCGAGGCCUGCUGCACAGGGUGGGCAGCUCCGUCUACAGUAACCUGAGACAGAAAGCGUCACGAGUUACCAUGGCUUUGCUGGACGACGUGAGCAGCCUGGUGGAAGUGCCACAACCCAACUUCCAGGGCCGCUGCUCCGUCGGCAAUUUAAGGCAGCUGAUCUUGUGGGGGAUACGACACAACGUGAUGUGGAACGCUCAGGCUUUGGGCGCCAGUUCUCAGGGCCUCCCAAGCUCACUGCCAUUUCUGUCCUGCCCCUCCACCCAGGCAGAUGAAUUACAGUCACGUCCACCACCAGCUCAGUCCUCUUCAAAAAACGCUACCUCUUCACAGAGAUCCUUCAAACAGAAACAAACUCCUGAACCCUCGGCUGCAGCUCCCAGACAGUUCACAGGGAGCCACAGCAGGCAGAGAGAGAUGGAGUUCUUCACCUCCACAGAAAUCCUGGAGGCAGCGUGUAAUGAGUCCAUCCCAGGCUUGACGGGCGUCUCUAACUUCACUGUAUUCCUCUACUGCAAGCUGUUUGAAGGGGAGAACGGGUCGGGUAAUCCUGCUGGGACUCAUUUAGGGCUGGACCUGCACGCUACCUGCUCGGAUGCGGCCUGGUACCUGUCCGCUGCCGAGGAGGACUUCUUCUGGGUCCAUGUCUGCACCGAGUUCUUUGCCCACGAGUUCAAUAACACGGUGUGUGCCAACUCGUCUUUCUGGCUGCAGAGAGCACAGCAGGCUGCAGCGUCGCCGGACUAUCACUUCUUCCACCAGACAAGCAUCGAUGACCUUUGUGUGCAGCUGUCGGGAGACGCCGCCGUGACUCCAGAAAUCAGCGACAACUGCCUGGCUCAGCUGGGCAGCAGGGCGCUCAACGCCGAAGCUUUCAGGAACUGCUUCCUCCCCAACAACUCGGUCCUGAUCUCAGCUCUGUGUGGCAGGGGCUCCUCCGCUUCCCAGGACUCCCUGCCACAAGGCAGCUGGGCUGCAGCGUACUGCUCCAAGAUAGACACCCUGGCCCCCGAUGACGCCUACAGGGAGCCGUGUCUGUAUAGUGAAUGGACUGUGGAAAGCUUUACCAACGUCACCCUGCUGGAGUUCUGCGGACAGACUCCGGGACUGAGGGAGCACAUGUGCUUGAACGCCACGGUCUACCAGCAGCUGGCAGGCCUGAUGCCGCAGUUUGGAGACGUCUGCGCAGAGCUGCACGCGCAGCAGGAGAGCAAGAAGUGCCUCCUGCAGAGGAUUUUCGACAUGCUUCCAGCACGGUAUGAGUUCGACACCUCCCAGCUGUGCAUGGAGCCCGCGCCCAUGCUCAUCGACCUCGUGCACAAGCUGAGCGUGUGUGAGAUGGACGUCGGCGAGCGAGAGGGGUUCCUGGUGGCGCUGGGGUACGUGCUGCGCGUCUUGGACUUUGUGGUGGGCCUCUCCUCGGGGCUGGACGAAGGGGAGCGAGAGGCGAGGCAGGGUCUGGGCCAGGCCAUCCUCCUGUCCAGUCUUCUGGACAACACGUCCUGGGCCACCCUGCGGCCGGAGGCCUCCACCAGCGUGCUGCAGACGGUGGGAAUCUUCCUGCGCAGGGAGCAGAACGCCACCGUGAAGGAGGACCUGCUGAGCUGCUUCAGUCCCGUCCUCUGGGACCUCAUCCAGCAGAACGGAAACUCCUCGGCUCUCAGGGUUCUGAUGCAGGAGUAUCUCCAGAUGCCAAAAGACAGCAUUCGCUCUCUGGUGAUGUCUGCAGAGAAGGAGGCAGUGAAGAGAUUUAUCUCGCACAUGCAUCAAAGCUGGGACCAGCUUCAGGUUGAAACCAGCCAGGCCUCUCAGCAGGAGUUGCAGGCCAUGGAGACAAUGACUUCUGCUUUCAUCCACAAGUUCCCCAGAGUGACCCCCGAGCUCUUCGUGGACCUCUCUCAGUUCAUCCCCUUCAUGUCCGUCUCCGACAUAAUGAACUUCCCAGCCUCCUUGAUCGUCAACGACAGCGUGCUGACGGCCAUCCGUGACCACAGCGCCGAGAUGAAGUCGCCGCAGAAGAAGGCUUUUAUGAAGCGGAUGCUGCAGUCGAACGCGGUGGGCGACGUGCCCACGUGGCCUCCGUACUUCCUCAGCUCCAUCCUCCCGCUCCUGCCUUACCUCCCGGUCCGUCAUUUUCAGCAGCUGACGUCACAGCAGCUCUCUCCUCUGGUGGAGUUGAUGGGCAACAUCAGCCUGGAUGGUGUGAGGGGCCGCCAUGUGCUACGGACCCUUUUUAAUAAGAGAAAGAACCUGACUGGCGAUGAGCUGCUGAGAUUAGGAGUUCUUGUGUGCUACCUGGAUCCAGCAGAAUUGGGUUUAUAUCUCCAGGACCCAGCUGUGUCCUCUGCCCUCUGGCAGCAGCUGUCUCGGUGCGUUUCCAUGGGGCUCAUAAGUGCCAGCGGCAGGCUCUCGUCCUGGUUGAUCCCAGCAGCAUCAACCAGGCUGAACACUAGCAGCGUGACUUCUUCUGAGCUGUCUGCACUCAGCGCUUUGCUUCCCCAGCUAGGAGCCUCCAUCCUGCUGUCACUCCCCUCACAACGUCUGCUGGAAAUCCUGUCACAGCCAGGUUUCCACACAUAUCCACCAGCACAGGCGUUUCGGAUUUUAUCCAAGAUCACAAAGGACGGCAACCUUACUGUGGAAAACCUGUGCAGCCUGAAGCCGUUACUCUCUGGCCUCUUCCCCGCUGCGCUCAGAGCCAUCCGGUGGUCGGGUUUCAGCGAGGAGGACCGCUGUCCGUGCUGGAGAGCGCUGCAAGCGGAUCUGAAGCCUGGACACAGAGCCAUGUUAUUCAAUGCAAUGCAGGAGGCUCUCCGCAGAGACUCGAGCAACUUCACGCAGCAGGCAAACUGUCUGUUUCUCUUUGUCCCUCUGAGAAAGCUGAUGCAAGCCACGAGCGGCGAAGCCAUUUGGCGAGGCACCAGCGCAUACAGGGACGUACAGUGGUCUCCACAGCAGGCUCAGUUUCUGUUCAGACAGAUCCACGAAAUCAAAAAUAUCUCCAUCAAGACGGUGAAGGAUCUGGGCCACAUUGCCGCUGGAAUGAGUUGUGACUUUCUGAGGCGCUGGAUCAACCACACAGAUUUCACUGAGUUGCUUCAGUUUGUGAGUGAACUGCCUGGAGGUCCCACACCGGCUCUGCGGCGAUGCAUUGUGGAUGAACUGCGGAGACAACCUGAACUUGAGCUCGGUUCUUUGGGUUCUGGGUUUGCAGCAACGUUACCAGUGACAAUGGUGGAGAACCUGUCUAAUGCGUCUGUCAGAGCCGUCCUGAGGCACAUUCAGCUUCACUUUCCCGAUUUCCUGAGACUGCCUCAUUAUAAACAGACAAAUCUGGCCGAGAAGGCCUUAUCUGAGCUGGGCCCUUCUCUGGGCGAGGGGAAGAUUGAUGGCACCCUUCUGGAUCUCCUGGGGCCCCUGGUGCCUUUCUUGGACCGAGACAGUUUGGGUCUGGUGGACAGAGGAGCGCUGGCUCUGCGGCUGGAAGAGAUGAGGAGUUUCUGCCUUCCCAAAGAGGCGCUCCGAGACAUUAGUGACCUUCUGACUCAGAGAGACCUGCUUGGAGAUCCGUCCAAAUGGCAGGUUGGGGAUGUUGAGCAUCUGGGCAGGUUGGUGUUUGCUCUCUCAACAAAGCAGAUCAACUCCAUCCCCCUGACGGUGUUAAAUAAGACAACGGUGGAGCAGGUUCUGGUGGGUCAGAAGCGCUGGGAGGAGAGUCUGGUUGGUGGGAUCUGUGCUCGUCAGUGUGUGGACCACCAGUACCACAGGAAGCAGACCUGGAGUCUAAUACGAGGAAUUGUCAAACCACGGAGCAGGAGGGCAAAAGUGCCAGUUCCCAGCUGUGCGGACAUCAGAGGAACGUUCCCGUCUGCUUGGAGCCCCACCCAGCUCCGCCGGAUGUCCGUAGAGGACCUGAAGGAGUGUGUGGAGGUCUUUGGUCAGGACCAAUCUCUGAGCUCUGAGCAGCGACGCUCGUUAUGGGUGAAACUCAGGCAGUCCUUCAGUCCGGUGAGGGAGCUGAGAGCGGAUCAGGUGCUAGCUCUGGGAUCAGUGGUGACAGAGAUGGGAGACAGAGAGCUGCAGGACGCCAUUCCCGCUGAUCUGGGCGUGCUGGCACAUCUGGGCACACUGGGGAGCUGGACUCCUCGAAAGAUGAGAGCGGUGGUUUUAAGUGUGAUGCGGAAAAGAGGACUGAAAGCGGAGCAGUUAACAGUUGUUGAUUUGGCGACGCUUGGCCAUCUGAUCUGCGGUCUUCAGCCGUCGGAGAUCAAACGCCUGAGCCCAUACAACCUCAGCCUGGCUGUCCUGUUCCUGCGGGAAAUGUCCCUGCCCUGCACGGAGCAGCAGAUGGAGGCUCUCACUAACUGCUUGGCCAGAGCGGAGGCCUUUGGUCCGGUCAGUGAGUGGGGGCCGGAGGUUUUCACUGAAAUUGGGACACUUGCAGCGGGCCUGCCUGAUCUAGUGCUGUCAGCUCUGCUGCAAGAACAAAUGGAGGGAAUCACCCCGGAAGCUGUGGCGCUGAUAUCUCCCAAAAAGAUGGCAGUGGUGUUCAGUGCGGUGCGGUUGUCGUGGCUGAGUGCGGAGCAGGCGUGGGCCGUGACAGAGGAGCAGUGGGCAGAGCUGGACGCAGACCAGAGGCAUGCUGUCGGACUGGCUCGGUAUGAGGGAGACGUCCUCAUGGAGCUCAGAGGACGAAACUCUGCUCCAUCAGCUGUGAACACGGACAGCUCGGCUUUAUGCUCACUGGCUCUGUGGCUUUUGUUACAGCAGCUAAUUUAAAACAAUGGAAUAAAAUUGGUAUUAUGACAUUGACUUGUGCUGGUAUCGUAUUUGUACUGCAAAUAAAUAUUUUAAACUAC